AUGGCUAUACUGUACUUAGGGUAUACUGUAUCGACUGCGGCCCGUGUCGACAGUGACGAUGCUUCAUUCGAAAGCACCUCGAGCACCAAUGCUGCAACCCAGCCUAAUGCUCCGGCAUCUACGUCCACGUCUACCACGCACUUUCCACCGGCCAAGCGUCGAAAGCUUACCCCGGCAGAGAAGCUGGAGCAGGCCCAAGCCAAGGAAGCCAGGGCACGCGAGGCUGCUGAGAAGAAGGCCCUAAAGGAGCAGCAGAAGGCGGAAGCCGAGGCAGAGAAGGCACGGAAGGCGGAGGAGAAAGCACGCAAAGAAGAGGAGAAGGCUGAAGAGAAGGCACGCAAGGACGAAGAGAAGGCGCGUAAAGAUGAAGAAAAGCGUGCUAAAGCAGAAGAGAAGGAGGCGAAGAAGCGCGAAAAGGAGCUCGAGGAAGAGCGCAAAGCGCAAGAGAAACUCGCCAAAGAACGCAAGCAGAUGAGACUGGGCGCCUUCUUUGCCGGUAAGCCAUCAACACCAGCAAAGAGCAGUUCAGGUGGCGACGAGGAACAGCCACGGACUAGGCAUAAUUCGUUGUCCCUCGAGCCAUUCGAUGCAGUGGCAAGUCAGAUCCGCUCAUCUGCAUCGCCUUCCAAGGGCACACCUCCGCCUACAUCGGCCAAGAAGUCCAGUAUUGGUGACUACAAGCGGACAUUCCUCCCAUUCCAGCUACCACCCACUGCAACCUUGGCACCUGUGCCGGAAUUCUCUGAGGCAGACCAGGACCGAUUUGACCAUGAACUCAACGACCCAUCAAUUCAGGAGAAGUACGAUCUCGGGCUCUGCACAUCAUACGCGAGCCUGAGCAACUACUUUGACGAGCAGAGCAAGAAUGGACGUGGCCUUCCUGAGCCGAACAUCGAGAAGAUCGUUGAUGCUCUUCGUGGUGUCAAGAACGGACCGAUUGAUUUGACCGGGGAAGUGGCGGAUCAGUCUGGUGAAGGGGUUCUUCGGAGAAUUCCAGUCAAGCAGAUACAUUUUGACGAGGACGUCAGACCAGACUAUUGCGGCACAUACACCCAGAUCAAAUCACCUAGACGCAAGCGAAAGGUAUCGCGCAACCCCUUCACGCGCGCACGACCAGAUACAGAUUAUGACGUGGACUCCGAGGCAGAAUGGGAGGAGCCUGAGGAAGGCGACGAGGAAAUCGGAGACGAGGAGGAUGACGAGGCUGACAGCCAGGCCGAUGCUGGUGAGAUGGACGACUUCCUGGACGACGAAGACGAUGUCAAGAUCAAGCGAAAGAUGGUCAUUGACAGCCUGCCGCCGGAGAGCACAGGUCUAUGCUGGGAGAACGAGAGAGGACGCAUUCAGCACGUUGAUGGCAAUGACGUUGAAGAUCAGCCAGAGGCGAUGUCAGGUAUGCGGCUUGGGUUCCUCCUUCCUGGCUUUACAGGCACGACAAUCGACCCAUUUUCGACAUCAUACUGGGACAAGCCAGCACCUGUGCCGGCCCAGCCACAUGCACCAACUGCUUCCGAUAACACUACUGGCCUCAUGGGACCGCCGCGGCAGCCACUGCAGCCAAAACUGAACUUCUCAGGCACGCAGCCACAGCAUGAUCUCAUCGGCGCUGCCGAAGGUCAGAAAGGUCCCAUCACGAGCCUUGCAGCGUCUCAGGCCGCUAAGCGCGGACCUAAGCCAGCUCCAAAGACACUGAGUAAGGAGGACCUCGCAGAGUUCAAGGAAGCAGUUGUCGGUAGCCCACUGGGAAAGAUCGAGCUGCAGAAGGGUUUGAAGAGCAGAUUCCCGAAAUUGACCAACGAGACGAUAAAAGAGAAUUUGAAUACGCUCUUUGCGCAAAAAGGUGCAGGGAAGACCAAGCAGUGGGUCUAUUUUGGCGACUCGUGA